AUGUGGGUCUUCUACCUGAUAUCGCUGCCCCUGACGGCCGGGCUGGUGGCCGCCACGCUGCGCUACUUCGCCGGCCCCGCCGUGCCGCUCUACGUCCUCGCCACCGUCGGAUACGCCUGGCUCUGCUCCCUCUCCUUCGUCAUCCUCGUCCCCGCCGACAUCUACACGACAAUUACCGGCAAUCAGAAGGGAGACGUUGGAUUCUUUUGGAGCUGGUCUUACUGGAGCUCAUUUAUACUAGCAUGGGUUGUCGUUCCUACCAUCCGUGGCUAUGAGGAUGCUGGAGAUUUCACUGUUAAGGAAAGGUUGAAAACCAGUAUCAGAGCCAACUUGCUCUAUUAUGAAAUUGUGGGAGCUAUCGGCUUUUUCGGAGUCAUUCUGAUUAUGAUCAUGCGUCACGAUUGGGGUGGUGCUAUUUUGGGCUUUGCCAUGGCAUGUUCAAAUACCUUUGGACUAGUGACAGGUGCCUUUCUUCUUGGUUUUGGAUUGAGCGAAAUUCCAAAGGAUAUAUGGAAAAAUGCUAACUGGACUCGCCGCCAAAAAGUUCUCUCUCACAUAGUUGCAAAGAUGGAUGUAAAACUUGUCAAUGCUCACGAAGAAUAUUGCAACACAAUUGCUGUUGUUCAAGCCACAUCGAAACAAAUGUCCAAGCGUGACCCAGUAAGGCCUUAUAUGGAUAUUAUUGAUGAUAUGCUGGCUCAAAUGCUGAGAGAUGACCCACUGGUCAAGAUUUCUGGUGGAAAAUUAGAAGAAAAUGAUAUGGAUUAUGAUACUGACGAAAAAACAAUGGCUGAACUUCGACGUCGACUUAGGAGAGCACAUGAGGAGUACUGUAGGUGUAAAAGCAAUUAUACAACCGCUGUCAUGGAAGCCCUUGAACUAGAAGACACAGUUACAAACUAUGAGCAACAUGAUGCAGAUGGAUGGAAAUAUGUAUCAGAUAUAAGGGAAAGUCGAUCAGGCACACUAGGGUCCUUCCUUGACCAUAUAGAGUUCAUUUGGCGUUGUAUGCUGAGAAAGCGACUUCUGAAAGUUCUUGCUGUACUCCUUGGCUGCAUCUCAACUGCCAUACUGUUGGCUGAGGCCACUUUACUGUCAACUGGUGUUCAUUUGUCACUUUUUUCCAUUCUUAUAAAUGCUGCAGGAAAGCAAGAAGUUCUAGUCCAGGUUGUUGCAUUUGCUCCGUUGCUGUAUAUGUGCAUUUGCACAUAUUAUCCGCUCUUUAGGAUUGGGAUGAUGGUAGUCUAUUCACUUACUCCAAGACAAACCAGCUCCGUCAGCCUGCUUAUGAUCUGCUCAAUGGUUGCAAGAUAUGCUCCAGCUAUCUCUUACAACUUUCUGAAUCUCGUUCAUCUUGGUGGGGAUGUUAGAACUACUUUUGAGAAGAGGAUGGGGAGCAUCGAUGAUGCAGUUCCUUUCUUCGGGAGGAACUUCAACAGAAUUUAUCCACUCAUUAUGGUUGUUUAUACCAUACUAGUCGCUGGUAAUUUCUUUGGAUAUCUGUUUGAAAUUUUUGGAAGCUGGAAAAGGUUCAAAUUCUGGACCGAGGAAGAAGAAGAUAUGGACGGAUUUGAUCCAUCUGGGGUGUUUAUUCUGCAGAAAGAAAGAUCUUGGAUUGAACAAGCGCGUAAACUCGGUGAGCAGGUUACUCCAUUGGCAAGAAAUUUCAGUUCUGUAAGCAAAGACGUUGAAUCUGGAAACGUGCUACAGGCUGCAGAGAAGGUGGGAUUGAAAGUAACAGUGUAUCCUGCCAAAAGUGAAGGAGGAGCCCAGUCGAAAUAUGGUGUCAACGUUGACCAUAAAUAUUCUUCCAUUACGGAACAUCCCAAUCCCAGCAGUCAUCAGUCAGUUAAGCAAGUGCAGAAGGAAACUCAUUCCACCUCUAUUUCGCUCGAAGCAGGGAACUCUGAAAAACCAUCUCCUGUUAGUGUAGAAGCAGAGCCAUCAGCUGGGGUCACGUCUAGAUGGGCCUCGAUGAAGGCGGGAUUUCAGAGUUUCAGAUCGAACGCGAGUUUCAAGAAGUUGCUUCCUUCGAGCCUAUCACGUACGAGCUCAUCUACUUCUUCAGAGUCGCUAGACGAGAUAUUCGAGGGAUUAAAACGGCACUCAAGCAAAAGCAUUCCACAGGUGGAUUACCUUGAUGAGGAUGACAACACGAUUGACACGAGUUGA